UGAUUCCAAGAUGGCUGCCACUCGGCGGCGGCGGCGGCAGCGGAGGCGUCUGUGAGGGAGAAGCGGCGAAAGGCGAGGGGCGGAGGAGGGUCCCGGGCUGGUCCUAGCGCCCGCCUUUUUCAGGGCUGAGGGGUCGGAGAGAGGGAGAGGGAGGAGACUGAGCCCUUUCCCAGGAAGGGCAGUCGAGGAGGGGCCUGGCCUUUGGGGGUCAGAGGGAGGAGGUUGGAGCCCUCUUGGCAGGCUUGACCCACAAGUGACCACUCAGCCUCCUCUCCAGCCAAGCAGUGGCCCUCCUGUCUCAGAGCCCCACAGUCAGGCAGUGGGCCUCUCCUCCUCCUCCUCCUGAGCCCCACAGCCCCCUUGUGCCCCACAGCCAGACAUCGACCCUCACCUCAUUGAGCCCCCAACCAGGCAGUGGCCCUCUUCUCCCCAGCCGCCCAGCCAAGCCGUGGUCAUCUUCUCCUCUUGAAUCCCACAGCCACGCAGUGACCCCCGUCUCCUCAGCCUCACAGCUAGACAGUUACCCUCAUCUCUUUGAGCCCCACAGCCAGGCAGUUACUACCUGCCCCAUCUCAGCCCCACAACCAGGCACUGCUCAUCUUAUCUCACUGAGCCCCACAGCCAGGUGGUUACUACCUUCUCCUCCUCAGCCCCACAGCCAGGCAGGGACCCUCUUACUGAGCCCCACAGCCAGGCAGUAAUCCUCCUUGCCUAACCCCACAAGUCCAACCCCACAAAGGGUGAGGGGUACAAAGGAGGGUGAGUGCCACAAGGCCCCCCGCAAACACUGCAGGGAAAACAGGGUCUUAAACAGAGGAAUCAAUAGCCAGAAAUGUGAUAAGCUCCCUUUGGGCAAAGGGUCUAGAUCCUUGUGAGGAUAAACAGCCCCAUAGACUAGGAGCUCAAAGGGGCAGUUGCCCCUAGGGUCCCUCAGGUAUCAAGGCCUCCCCAGUGAAGGGAAGUGGAGCUUAAUAGGGGAUUAGCAGAUUGAUUUGGGGCCAGAGGGGCUUCAUUCUCUCAGCUGAUGGAUUCUGGUUGACUCUUGGCGUUCGCAGCGCAGCUCUCCUCUCCUCCAUGUCCGUUUGCUGCCGCCGCUGCCGCCAUCUUCACUUGGAAAUAUGAUCAGCGCCCCGGACGUGGUGGCUUUUACCAAGGAGGAUGACUACGAGGAGGAAGCCUACAACAACAGCGAGCCGGCUUUGCCUGAGGAGUACUCCGUCCCGCUCUUCCCUUUCGCCAGCCAAGGCACCAACCCUUGGUCCAAGCUCUCCAGCGCCAAGUUCACCCGGGACUUCAUCCUCAUCUCUGAAUUCUCGGAGCAAGUGGGUCCCCAGCCUUUGCUCACCGUCCCCGACGACGCCAAAGUCUCUGGCACCUUCGACCUCAACUACUUCUCCCUCCGCAUCAUGUCGGUGGACUACCAGGCCUCCUUCGUGGGGCACCACCCCGGAUGCCCGUACCCGAAGCUGAACUUCGUGGAGGAUUCGAAAGUCGUGCUGGGCGACUCCAAGGAAGGGGCGUUCGCAUAUGUCCACCACUUGACUCUCUACGACCUCGAAGCCAGGGGUUUCGUCAGGCCUUUCUGCAUGGCUUACAUCUCUGCCGACGAGCACAAGAUUAUGCAGAUGUUCGAAGAGCUCUCCGCCGAGUUCUCGAAAGCCUCCGAAUGCCUGAAGACGGGCAACCGGAAAGCGUUUGCCAACGAACUGGAAAAAAAGCUCAAGGACCUCGAUUAUACUAGGACUGUUUUGCACACCGAGACGGAGAUCCAGAAGAAGAACAAUGAGAAAGGGUACUACACCACGCAGGCCAUUGAGAAAGCGAACGAACUGGCCAGCGUCGAAAAAUCCAUCAUCGAGCAUCAAGACCUUUUGAAGCAAAUCAGAUCCUAUCCCUACAGCAAGCAGAAAGACUCAGACUUUCAUCCUUAUGAGCCGGAAGCUGCGAAUGAACAAGCCGAGGAGGAAGAAUCGGAGCAAGGGCUUCCUACCUCAAAACCCGAUGAACCCAGAGAAACGCACCUUUAUUCGCGGCGGUCCUCUUAUACGCCGAAGCUGAUCAAGGCCAAAUCUGCCAAAUGCUUUGACAAGAAGCUCAAAACCCUUCAGGAACUUUGCGAUGUUUAUUUCUUCACUCAAACGCUGGAUCAGUUGCAUCAAAUCGAGAAAAUGUUCAGAGGCGACGUCUGCUACCUCUUGACCAGUCAGAUCAGCAGAGCACUUUUAAAGCAACAAACGAUCACCAACUUCCUUUUCGAAGAUGUAUUCCCUCUGGAGGAAAGGCAGCCCGAAAGGCAGUUGAACGGCUACCAGGGAGCUCAUCUAGACAACCCCGGAGACAAAUGUUUGGACGUUUGCCCUGUUCCUAAACCGCUAGUCAGCUUGGGGUCUUACAAAUCCAGUGUUGAGUCUGUGCCCAUUAAGAUGGAUCAGGAGACUGAAGAUGCUCCAGAAACAGAAGUCGCUGACCCUGUGGCUUACAACCAUCAGGACAAUAUGGAGUAUCUUGAUGCGGAUCUGAAAGGAAGCGUCAGCAGCGGCGAAAGCAUUGAGGUUUUGGGAACUGAGAAGUCUUCGGCUGCCCUGGCUCAGUCUGAAAGCCAGGCCAACCUGCCCCAGCCAUGUGCCAGUCCGCAGCUGGUGAGGAACAAAGCGGUCAGUCGGAGGACCAUCAGCGAUGACAGCAUCGAGGUCCUCAGCACAUGCCCCUCAGAAGCUCUGAUCCCGGAUGACUUUAAAGCGAGCUACCCGAGUGCCAUUAAUGAAGAAACCUACGCCGACGAAGAAGAUGAAGGUCUUCACUUCAGCCCUGUUUUAAACCCAGAUGGCACUGAAGAGAUGGAGGGCAACUUUGAGGAGGGGAAUCAGCUCCCCGUGGACUCCGCCUGUUGCAUUGGGAAAGAGAGUCCAAACUUUCUUGAGCCUCCGACCGAUGUGGUCCCAAAGCAUUGUGACGACGAUGGUGUGGUCAGUAUCCCACCCCAGCCCUACCGGCAGGGGGAUCACGGGUUUCACGUGAACUUUACGGACUGCUCUUCCCACGAGGGCGUCUUGCGGGGCCUCUUGACCUAUGAACUUGAUCCGCAUUAUCUCUCAAGCAACCGAGAGACGAGCAAAAUGAGCCUGGAUAAAUGCUCCGAUUCCACCAGCUACAUCAGCAGCACGGCGUCCACCAGCUCGGACAGGACUCCUUCCCCUUCGCCUCUUGGUGGUCAGUCCGGGGAAAGGCAGAAGAAGAAAGCUGGCCAGAACGCCUUGCGCUUCAUCCGACAGUAUCCCUUCGCCCACCCUGCCAUCUAUUCUCUGCUGAGCGGCCGGACGCUGGUGGUGCUGGGGGAAGAGAAGGCCAUCGUAGAGAAACUCGUAACCGCCCUCUCCAUUUUUGUCCCAAACUGUGGGGAGUACGCCAAGCCGGUGAAGCCCUGGGCCAUCUCUCCUUUGCACAUCACCGAUUUUCAGAAGUGGAAACUGAUUGGAUUGCAGAGGUCAUCCUCCCCGACCGGCGUCAGCAUGAUGCAUUCUCUCAGCCGCUACGGCCGUUAUGUCAGCAUCCUGGACGCCGACAGCAAGACCCUUCGCUGCCCCCAAUAUCGAGGAACCCUGAUCCCCCGGCUGGCCGACCACCGCACGCAAAUCAAGCGAGGGAGCACCUACUACAUGCACGUCCAGGCCAUCCUGACCCAGCUGUGCUCCAAGGCUUUCCUGUACGCCUUCUGCCACCACCUCCAUCUCCCCCUCAAGGAGGGUGAGACGGAGGAGUCCAUGGCUUCCCGGCGGCUGAACUUUUUGAAAAUCCACCUGGGACUUGCCAACGAAGACAGCAAAGUCGUCCAGUAUCUUGCUGAGCUUCUGAAACUGCAGUACGUUCAGGAUCCUAUCCGGGGGGUCAGCCCAGUGCUCAGGUUUGAUUAUGUGCCCAGCUGUUUGUACAAAAUCUAGUCGGGUGUUUGGAUUGCCUGCCCCAUUUCCCCACUCUCACGCAACGCUUCUCUGUGGUCAUCUCUGGUCAUUUCCAGGCUUCCACAGUUUCCACAGUCAACAUGCUAGUUCUUGCAGUAUAAUAUGGAGGACCCAAGGUAGUGGCUAAGUCAGCCUGAUUAAAAUGAAGACUUCCAAAUCCAUGUUCAGACCUCUUUGAAAAAAGAAGGCUGUUGAAAUCUACAUUGCUGGUUAAAAGGGGGGAAUGAGUGGGGAUCAGAGGGUAGCACCUUUAUGAGAUGGCAAGCGAUCUAGCAAUGAAAACAGCUUGUCACUCGGUCAGUGGCAUAGGCAUGGGAGGAUGAGGAGCAGGUGCCACAUCCCAGGGCUUGUGUGCAUUUUUAGAUGCUAAAAAGAGCUGCAGAAACAUUUGAAGUAUAGCCAAGUGAAAAUUUUUGAAUCAUGAGUAGAAAAUAAGAAUCUAGGGAGGUCAGCUUUCAGAUGUCUCCAUCGUCAGGAGUUCACCCAUCUGUAAGGUCCCUGUGACACAUCCCUGGGAACUGUAAUGGCUCCUGGAAUAAUAGCUCUCUCUGUGUUGGGAGCUAGAAAUAGUUGUAGCAGAAAGGCCGAGAAGCGGAAAUAACAGGGUAAUGAGAGAGAGAAUCCCCCAGGGGUUAUUUCUUCUGGGUCUUAGGCAUUACAAAGACUUUGCCCCAGAUUUGAAAGCACAAAAUGGUUUUUGACAGUGUGACUGUCAAGCGGUAAAACCUGGCUGUGAGUGGUUCCCCUUUCCUAGAGGAAGGGAAACCUUAGAGGUCUUUACUGUGGUGCAAAAGGGAAGGCUGUGCUUUGGAGUGGCCUGUUGUUCUUAAAUCUUGGUACUCAGGCAUCACUGGGAAGGAACGUCCUGGAUUUAGACCCCCUUCGCGCGCACACAAACGCUCCUAAACUGCUUCUGGAUGUGUGGAUUUUGUUUGCCAUCAGCAGCAUAGCCAGCCACAAUGAUCCUUGCAGCUCCCAUCCUUUGUCUCAACAUAUCUUGUUCCGUUCAUUUCAACCCCAAGGCUUUCCAAGAAUUUUACUACCUCUCUCCAUUUACUGGGUGUUAAUGGUGGUUGCUGGUCAUCCAGUUUGGUGACAGUUGGACACACAGGGCUUUUACGUUCCAAAUGUCUCCAAAACCCCAAGCUCUGCCCUCUGUUUGGGGGCUUUUUGAGUCUGUGGAGUCCUGGUUGAACCCAGCAGAAUCUGAACUCCUUACUUUGGAAAUCUGACAUCUCAAACAAGACUGCACCUCUCCUGAAUCUUCUUGGUUGUGGAUACGUAUGGCAGCAUAUCGUAACAGGCCGGCUGGAUAUAACUUUUAAGGGUUGAGAGAUGCCUUGCUGGUUUUAUUUCCCUUUUUAAAAUGUUCUCUUUCUGUUCCUCAUAUCAGGAGGUUGGCGAUGAAGCGGGCAGAGAGGCCUCCUUAAGUUUUACAAGGAUAACUGGAGUAGUGUGUAUGUUUGUGUGCGUGUGUAUGUGCGUGAAUUUUUAAAAACCUAUUUUCCGUGUGAUUAUAUGAAGCGGAGUUCUAAAACUGAAUGUAAAGUUUUCUGAUGUAACGGAAGAAGCUUCAAAGAGGGUCAGGUUUGGUGUCUGGAGGAUUCUGGAAAACUUGAUGCAAAGCUGCACUACUGUAUAUAGACAUAAAAUAUAAAUAUAUAUAUAUAUAUAUAUAGAAAAGAAGAAGCCUCCCAUUUGGAAGGGAGAACGCCUUGUUAUGCUGCACUUUUGAGUUCCUUGAGUAAAAAACAGUGUUCCUAGAAGCUAACCCUACUCCCCCAAAGAUACCUUGCUACUUUAAUGUUAGAGAAAACAGGAGGCUUUUGUAAGGAAGGAGGUGUGCAAACUCUGUGCACAUUUCUCCUCUGUUGCUUCUCUGUCCUCCAAGGAAAGCAAAACUCAGCCAGCCAUAAUGAGAUGAAGGCUUUGGGGGAAAGGCACUUUGGGAUUUGGAUGUGAUUGGGCUUCACAGUGUGGAUAGGCCACCAAGUUUGGCCAAGUUGUAGUUCUGCCUUCGCAACUAAGCAAAAGUUUUGCAAGGAGCAGGUGGCUUCUCUAUGACUUCCUAUGCACCUACCCACUGUGCUAACCUUGUACUGGAUCAUAAACCCAAAUCUUUACUACCGUAUUGGGUCAUAUUAUUAUGUUGUCUGCUGGUGAGACCAUAUGGGUAACGUCUCUUGUGUUUGUAAUGGAAUAUAUGGAAUCCAGGGAGCCAAGCAUCUGUUUGGCUCUUAAAACUAGAAAGUGUCUCUCUUUUUUGGAGGAAGGGGGAGAUAAGAGUUUUUAGACUUGAUGCUGCAGAAGACAUGGAGCCGCACCACCCGAAAAUGUCAUCUUUGCAUCUAGUGCUCUUCUGUCUUCUACAUUUGAGUUGUUCUCAUGAGAAGGAUUUUGUCUCUUGAUGCGGGGACAGGUUAAGGUCACAUCUCUCAGAGUAGGAUUGGAUCCCAGAAUUGCCACAACUCAGGCAUCCAUCUUGGUAGCCCACCAGCAUUCUGCGACUUCAACAUGGCAGCUUUCCUCAACUUCUAGAAUUGGACUACAACACUCACAAUCCCUCCUCACCUGUGCUGCCCGAUGGUUAUGGGACACGUAGUCCCAAGUGCCAGGCUGGGAAAAGCCAUAGUAGCAUUCACUUUGGAAGAAAGGAAGGGUUCACAUGUAGUUGGACACAAAGACCCAUUACAACGGGCAGGAAAGUACAUGCUCAGCACGUACUAGGGUUAGAAAGGGACAUCUCUUCCAGACGCCCCUAACCCUAGUACGGACUGAGUCCGUAUGAAAUGGCGGCGGCCGUUCCACACGG